UCUUGUUUGAUUGUAAAAUUGUUGAUAUAUUCGGCGUAUUUGAAAAUCUAUUUGAAAAUGAAAACGAGAGAAAGGAAUCUACAUGCGCGGGAGAGGGUAAAGUUUAGGUUUAGAUUUCGGUUAGUGAUCGUAGGUCGUAGGAUUUGUAGGGGGUUGUUGUUGUUGUGUGUGAGUGCAGGAGAAACAGAGAAAAUAACCAAACUAUAUUCUUGCAAUGAAAUAAGGACAUUAUAAUAAAAUAAGAGUGCUAUUGUAAGUAUAAAAAUAUGAAAAAGGGACUUAUUAGAAAAUUAAUCUAGCUGAAGAUGAAAUAUCUAGGGAAGAGAUAUAUAUGUUUCAAAAAGGGAAUUAUUGAGGUUAGGAAUUACAGAGUAGCAGAUCAAUCUCCUUAUAUAGGAUAAAUAUGAGUGCAAUUUCCAACGGUACUUACCCAAAGAGGGAUUUGAGAAGUAUGCUUGCUGAACGGAACGACUUUAUUAGCGAAGAAACUGUAUUCUGUAAACAGGACAAUUUAGAACAGUCUUUGCAUAUACUGAAUGAAGAAUUUGAGUCAUUGAUCGGUAUCCCACCGGUAGCCAUAGGCAAUGAUCGGCAAAGCGCAGAAUCGUUGAAAAAGCUAUGUGUACAAGUGAUAAAUGCCACUUGGAAGUUGACACAUAAGCAUAGAUACUUAAUGCGAUUACACGAUCAAUUGAUUGAUUUAAAUCAGCGAACUGUUAAUGAUAAUGUUACUCUUAAGAAUCAUAUAAAGCGCUUGAAGGAAGACUUAGAGAAGAAGGAACAUACGAUAUGUAAAGUAGAGGAGAGAGAAAGGAGACUUAAUGUUAAAUUUGAGGAUGCAUCACGCGACCUGAAGCAAGAAAAGGAAGAGAUACGAAAGCUAAAGAAACAAGCUCAGUUUAAAGAGACUCAACAUGAGCACGAAAUAAGAAGAAUCACGCAGAAUAGUCAGAAGCUCCAAGAGCAGUUACACAAAUCUGCUGGUUCUUUUACACCAAGAGACAAAUUAUUAGAAAAAAUGCAUGAGAAGGAGUUAACUGGAUACAAGAAAACUAUUUGCCGUUUGGAAGAAAACAAUAGACAGAUGUUGCAAGAAAUUAAUAAUCUGAAGGAAGCUCUGGAGUUACAUAAGAUCGGAAUUGAUUUACAUAUCGAAGCAUCUGGAGGAACAUGGGCCAAUGUAGAUACUUGAACAUAAAAUAUAAUUGAUGUUUAUAAUUUAUUCAUAUCUUAGACGUAUAGGAAAAAAGUGCAUACAAUUGCUAGAAAUAUAUGUAUAGUCUUAGAAACACAGCAAUAUACGGAAUUUUGUAGUAAUAUUUAUUUUGUUCUAUAAUCUGUAAUUGUUCUAUAAUUUGUAACUAGAAAGCUUUUUGUAUUUUGAAUAAGUUUCGUUAUUUUAUGUAUUGAUGCGUAUUAGAGAAAUUUUGUUUAAUUGUAAGAUUUGUGAAUUGAAUAAAGGUGCUUUGUGGUUCCCUAA